UUUACUGGUCACCUCACCUGUGCUGGGGAGUCAUCAUGACACUGGAGACAGGCUGCGUACAAGACCAGGGGGCAGUUAAAGGCUUGUCAGUGGGAAUAUCAGGGGGAGGGAUGAAUGGAGAAGAGCGGAGCACCGACUCACACACACGUCCCCGCGCGUGUCUGUGCGGUCACUCGGCUCCUGGUGGCCCCCACACCCACAGCCAAAUGUCAGGCCGCAGGGUGGGCUUCUGCGUCAGCGAUAAGAAGCGCAGGAGGAUGAACCUGGACGCUUUUGCGGAUUUCUGUGCAGGCCAUGGGGUGGAAGUGGUGGAGAUUGACCUCACUCAGCCACUGGGACCUCAGGGACCCUUUGAUGUCAUCGUUCACAAGUUGUCUGAUGUCAUCGUGGAGGCUGAGCAUGACAGCCAAUCACAGCAGCUCCUUGCCAACUUCCAGAGCUAUGUGUCAGCUCAUCCUAGUACAGUUCUUCUGGACCCCCUGCCUGCCAUGACCCAGCUACUAGACCGCUUUGCCUCUUAUCAGAUCAUGAGCCAGCUGCACAAUUCACUCCGAGACUGGCGUAUCUGCAGUCCUCCUUACCUAGAGAUCCACAGUGCCAGUGACCUGUCAUCCAUUCAACAGGCUGUGGUGGCCCAGGGCCUAAGCUUUCCUCUCAUUUGUAAAACCAGAGUGGCCCACGGCUCACUUUCCCAUGAGAUGUCUCUGAUCUUCGGUGCAGGGAGUCUGGCUGAGAUCCAUCCUCCCUGUGUGCUCCAGAGCUUCGUCAACCACGGAGCCGUUCUGCACAAGGUGUUUGUUGUAGGAGACAGACACUUCUGCGUAGAGAGACCCUCGCUCAAGAACUUCCCCUCCGGUCCCUGUGACAGGAAGACCAUCUUCUUCAAUAGCCAUCAGGUGUCCAAGCCAGAGUCAAGCUCUGAUCUCACAGCACUGGAUGAGCAGAUGCCCUUCCUGCCUCCUCCCAGCUCCAAGGCCGUGGCCGCCCUCGUCAGAGAGCUCAGAGUUCAGCUUGGCAUGGCCCUGUUCGGCGUGGACGUCAUCAUCAACAUACACACGCACACCCUCACCGUCAUCGACAUCAACAUCUUCCCAGGCUAUGAGGGAGUGCCCCAGUUUUUCUCCUCUCUGCUCAGCCACAUUGAGUCAGUGUUGGACAAACAGACCUCUGCUGGCCCUCAGGCUGCUGGCUCUCCUGGGUCAGCACAGCCUACAGGUGGUCCAUCUGCUGCAACAACUGGUCGUUGAGUCACCUCAGGAGCAGGUCCUGAAUGGCUCCGUUUUUCAUCAGCUUCCUAGGACAAAUAAAGUCACUGGCACCGGCCUUUUUACUGUUCACCAAGUUCAGCUGUUCUCAAGACUUUGCUUCAAUUUUAUGAAGUUGUUUAUUUCUAAGUUGUGACUUGAUCUGAAACCGUGUCCCCUGUAAAUCACACUAAUAAUGAUGUGCUGUUUAGUAUUCUGAUCUGUUUGCAAGUCGACAAACCAAACAGAAGACACAUAAUGGUUGAAUACACUUUCCGUUUAUUGAUUAACAGGUAGCAUAGAAGAAGAUACAGCAGGCACAAAAUACAGCACUCUGAUUGGCCAGUAACAUUACAAAUGGUGUUUUUGUUAUCAUUUUUUCUCCCUGUUGUUCGAAAUGCCCUCUAUGCCCUUAUGUCAGCCCCCACAGACAUUUCCUCCAUCCUUCUUGCUGGUUUGUAAGAUACAUUUUGUGGAAACAUUUUGCACUUCUAUAGAAAAAGAAAACUACAGUACAUUAAUAUUUUUUUCAUUGUCAAGUGAACAAACAUCUCAUCUUUGGAAUAGACAGGAAUGAGCUCCUCAGUGUUGACUGAUCAUGUGUGUUAUUACUAUGUGUUUACACAAGUUGAACAGCUGCUUCACCAGUGUUCAAAUACAUAAAUGUAUUGUAAAUCUUGGCUGUGUAGAAAAAGAGAGAUUAUAUCUGCUAUAAGAGUACCAUAUGAUGCAUUUUGAAUACAUAUUGAAAUACAUGAAGUAAUUAAUUAUUUGGCUAAUUAUUGCAUUCACAUGUGCUGUAGUCUAUAUUGUGUUAUUGCCAUAAGUGGGCCUCCAGUGGUAACCCUGUUAAUCCUGCACUGUGUGCAUUUCUAUCCAGUGUCCUCUUGGGGGCGCUGUUGCUUCAUAUUUCCUAUGACCUUGGCUUACAGACCAUGAUAUCUGAUAUUUACACAAAUGCCAUUACAGCCAUGAAAAUGAUGAUGUAAAACUACUGAGCAUUUAUCAAUGUUACUGUUA